UUUGCCAAUAAAAUUUUCUUUCAGGUGGCUAAGCUCAUAGAGAGAGUUGAAGCAGUAUUCAUAAAGCACUUCUGUAAUGGAGACCGUCAACUAGGAAUGAACACCUUAAGGCCGAAAUCUAAAAGAGAGAAGCAUUGGGUUUCAUUCUUUGUCGGUUGCUUCUUUGGAUGCUCGUUAGCACUUGUAGCCGAGAUCAUUAUAAGUAUACACGCUAGAGAUCUUCUCCAGGAUGAAGGACAAACCAAGUACAUGAACACCAUCUUUCCACUAUACAGCUUAUUUGGAUUUCUGGGGUUGCAUAUGCUGAUGUAUGCCGGAAAUGUCUACUUUUGGGCGCGUUAUCGCGUCAAUUACUCAUUUAUAUUUGGAUUCAAGCAGGGAACAGAAUUGGAUUUCAAACAAGUUCUGCUCCUCACUUUUGGUCUAUCAGUUCUCAUUCUUUCAACUGCACUCGCAAAUCUUGAAAUGGAAAUGGAUCCAGAAACUCAAAGUUACAAAGCAUUGACUGAAUUACUCCCUCUAGGCUUAGUCAUUGUUGUAGUUUUGAUGGCAAUCUGUCCAUUUAACAUCUUGUAUCGCACAAACCGUUUCUUCUUCUUGACUUGUGUAUGGCACUGCCUUUGUGCUCCUCUUUAUUUAGUCACUCUCCCUGAUUUCUUCUUGGCUGAUCAGUUUACCAGUCAGGUCCAGUUAUUGAGGAAUGUGGAAUUCUAUGCAUGUUACUAUGGCUGGGGAGAUUUCAAGAAGAGGGAUGCCGCAACGUGCAACGAAAGUAACGUUUAUAAAAUUAUUUAUAUCGUUAUCGCUGUUGUCCCCUAUUGGAUUCGAUUUCUACAGUGCAUACGACGGUAUUGUGAAGGGCGUGAUUCUACACAAGCCAUGAAUGGACUGAAAUACUUAUCCACCAUUGCUGCGGUUGUUUCAAGGACAAUUUAUACUCAAAAGAGAGGAACAACCUUAAAGAUCAUCGCUGCAUCUACCUCAGGAGUCGCAACAAUUUUCAAUACUUACUGGGAUUUAGUGAUGGAUUGGUGUUUGCUAUGCAGGAAUUCUGAGAAUCCAUGGUUGAGAGAUAAGCUUAUUCUGCCCAACAAAUCUGUCUACUUCAUAGCAAUGGUAUUGAACGCGAUACUGAGACUUGCGUGGAUGCAAACGGUAUUGGAUUUCAAUGAAGCCUCUUUCCUCCAUACAAACGCUCUGAUUGCAGUAGUUGCGAGUUUGGAGAUCAUUCGACGUGGCAUAUGGAACUUCUUCAGGUUGGAGAAUGAGCAUUUGAACAACGUUGGGAAAUUUCGCGCUGUCAAGUCGGUGCCAUUACCUUUUAGUUACGAGGACAAAGACAAGGAUCUAUAGUUCGUUUUUUUCAUAUAAUUGAUAAUUGUAAAGUUCUGUUAUUUAUUCGUUACAAAAAUUUUAAAAAAAAAAAUUCCAACAAUUGAGAAAACAAAACAUCCAACAAAAAGAUUCACACAGUUGGCAUUAAACAAGAAAACAAAAACCGUUACUUGUGAAGGUGAACGUCAUCACAAUCUGGUUCCGACUGCGGAUCAGUUAUAGCUCCAGUGUCAUCGACAUCCUGGUUGCCAAAUAUAGAUGCAAACGAUAACGGGUUUGAGGUAGAACUUUCUUUCUUAAGACCCUUUAUGGUUCUGAUCGCAUCAACCGUCCGUCUAUACACAUCCGAACCGCCCUCACCGAUCGACACUCGUGCGGUGGUGUUAUCAUCACUAGCCCGUGCAUUUGCAUCUGCAUUUGUUUUGCUAUUACUAGAAGAUUCAACUACUUCCGCUUCUAAAGGGAAGAGGAGGUCUAGAUUCUCUUCACACUCGUGGACUAAUCUUGUAAGAGG